UAAAUCUUUGAAAAUUUUUAUAAUCACUUAGGCACUUAGCUUGAACAGUACAAUUAAGUUCUACAUAUGGCUUCAUAUAUCAUGAUCAGUAUAAUUAUACUGGUCGCGCUCUUUAUUAGUGAAAUUACAAGUAGAAUUAGUAGUGAGCCUAUUUUUGAUGAAAAUUAUGGAGUCAUUUGGGGAUAUACUCAUGUGGAGAACCAUGCGUCGGAGGUUCAAAUCUACUUAGAUAAAUCAUCAGGUGCUGGGUUCGAAUCAAAGCAGAGCUAUGGAUCAGGGUUCUUUACCAUGCAAAUUAAAUUGCCAGAUAAAGACUCAGGAGGAGUUGUUACAGCAUUUUAUUUAACAUCAGUCGAAGAUGGUAAUCGCGAUGAGCUAGACUUCGAGUUCUUGGGGAACAGAGAAGGGAAACCCUACACAUUGCAGACUAAUGUUUUUGCACAAGGAAUAGGAAAUAGAGAACAUAGGAUUUAUCUUUGGUUUGAUCCUACUGCUGAUUUUCACACUUACAAGAUCCUUUGGAACCAACAUCACAUUGUAUUUUUUGCAGAUAAUAUACCAAUAAGAUAUUUUAAAAACAACAUAAACUUUGGAGUGGGAUACCCAUCUAAACCAAUGAAGAUAGAAGCAAGCAUAUGGGAUGGAUCUGAUUGGGCAACAGAUGGAGGGCAGACCAAAGUUGAUUGGAACCAUGCACCAUUUAGGGCAUAUUUUAAAGGUUUCAACAUUGAUGGUUGCCAAAUUGAUAAAAAUAGUGGGACAAUUGAGCCUUGCAACUCUGAUAAAUAUUGGUGGAACAGUAAAAGAUAUUGGGAACUAGAUCCUACUGAACAAGAAGCCUAUAAUAUUGUCAAGCAUCAUUAUGUUACUUAUGAUUAUUGCACUGACAAGCAAAAUCAUCCCGUUACUCCUCCCGAGUGCUCUCAACAAUAAUGAUUUAAAAAAUAGAUUGAUAUGAAUAUUAUCGCCAAUUCUUUGGCCUAUGUCAUGUACGGGUUGAAAUCAAUCUAAUAUAUAGAGCUUAUUACUAAUGACUGUAUGUAAUGAGAUACAAUGUGAUAAUGUAUAGUAAGCCUAGUGGUUAUAAACUUAUAAUCCGUUUCUCCUCGUCACGUCGUAUUAGUGAAAGUGGUAUUGUAAGUUUGACAUUCUAAUUAAAGGUUUUAGAGAGCAA